AUGACAAGAUCCCAGGCGUUAAGCGUCUCAGAUGUAACGGACAGUCUUGACUCAUACUAUUUCACAGAUUAUCCUCAAUCACUUCGUUUCCGUAGAUAUCUGCCGAUGAUCUUAAGCGGUAAAUUAAAUUAUGCGGUCGGAAAACUAGUAAUGACAACAGUGAUAAGUGAAUUACGAACUUUCCAUCAAGUUCCAAAGGUUUCACGUUCAGAUAUGAGAUUUGCAAAGAUGACUCUUCCACCCACUAGAUUUAUUAUUGCUCCCAAGAACCAACUUGCAUACGUUACUACGGCUUUGGCAGAAUUUGAAUUAUGGCGAAUUCAUAUAAUUGAUUAUCAAUUGUUUCAUAACGUUGAUUCUUGCUUGUUGAAAGGUCCAAUUAUUUUUGGAGUGUGUUUUAGCCAAGAUUCGAAAAAGAAUGUAAUGGUUCAAAUGCAGGGGAAGACACAAGCUAUUCAGUUGCCAAGCACUGAAAUAUGGCAAUGA